AUGACGUAUUUGGUGAGCAGUGCGGCCAACCGAUUAGCUUUUUCAAUCUUUACUAUUUCAGAAGUCAAUGCAUCAGAUCUUGACGGGAAUAAAGACGGAAGAUGAUGUCGAACUGGGAGCGCUGGAAAAUCAACAAUCUGAUCACAUCCCACCGGAGAAACAAUUUGUGCCAGUGCAUGUUAAAAAAGAGCAGAAACCAAGCCGAGAAGACUUGAUCGUAAGUGAUAAUCAGUUUGAAAUGUCGUAAACUUUUAUUUUCAGUUCAAAAGAGCUUUCGAUCUUGUAAGAAGAACUGAACAGCCAGCAAAUCAAGUUGUGAGUUUUGAAAUUUGACUUCAAGAUUACAAUGAGAAAAAUUCCAGAAACGAGUACACUGGGAGAUGGAUAAGAACCCAUCAAUCAGAGUAUGUUAGAGAAAGGGUUCAUGCAAAACAGAUUAUUUUAGAUGCACACUAACCUAAUGCAGCCACGCGGAAUGCAGCCAAACGUCGCCGCUUAUAAUACGGUAAGCAUACAACAGCUCUAAUCACAGAUCAAAUUAAAUUGUAGAACUCAUCUGCCGCGCGCGUGCAAUACAACAUGCCGCAGGAUCGCAUCAUCAGCAAUCCACGUGCUAGUUCUGUUAACACGCCGCAAACUGGUCAUGGUCCCGUCAGCAAUCCACGUGCUGGUUCUGUAAGCCGGUUACAGUCUGGUUCCUCCAACAAUCCCUGUAGUUCUGUGAUUGGGAAUAACUCACAGUAUCGAAUAGGAAACGAAGAACGGACUAGUACUGUCAACAAGCCACAAGCUAAGAUCCUUAGCGAAUCUCAUGCUAGUGUUUUGAAAAAGAGCAAGGCUGUAGCAGUGGAAAAUCCACAAAUCAAGGCCGUCAGCAAGUCAAUGGCAAGUGCUACAAACGAGGUACAAGCUAAAGAUAAUGAACUAUCAUCACAAUCGACUGUACGCGUAGGAAAACGUACAAAUCAAACCACAAGCAAUUUUCAGAUUAAAUUACCAACUCAUUCAAAGAAAAGGCCGCUUGUUGACCUUGACGAGUUAGAAAAUGUCAAGAUUUCUAGAAUUGUGGCUCAUCCAAGCGAAGAAAAAAUCGAUAGUGAUGUUUCAGAGCAAAUUAUAAAUUCAGUAGGUCAAGGAGACCAGAUUCGUGACGAGAAAGAGGUGGUAAGAAUAAAGUUUGUACUAUCUAUGUAUUUCAUUAUGAGUUAUAGGACCAAAAUGAACAACUUUUCAACAAAAAACUAUCGUCUGAAAUCUCUUCGGCCUCUGAAACAAACCUUUUGCAGCAGUCUAAUAAUUUACCAGCUACAGCAGUAACUAAUCCAGAAACAAAGUCUGAAAAUCAGCUUCCGACUGAGAAUCCGCCCGAGCCUAUAGUAAGUUGAGAUACAAAGUUAAAAGCGUCAAUAUUCCAUUACAGUUCAAAGUACCGAUUGGUCGGGCAGUAAGAUUACGCUGGCGACUUGGACCGGCAAAACGCGAGCAGAGCUCAGCAGAGAGCUCCGAAAUCAAAUCGCAGAAAUACACGAGUGACUUAGCUCAGCGAUGCAAGGAAAUGCAGGACACUCUCGCAAAAGUUAUCGUGAGUUGAAGUGAAGUUUCAGACGGAAAUCACCUCUAUUAUUGUAGGUAAUCUCCAAGCUUCAGUCGGAAAGUCGGGAAAGCUCGCGUGAUGAAAUGGACUCUGUGGUUCUGAAUCAAUUGAUGGGACAAGAGGAAUCAGCCAAAAAGACUGAAACCAUCAAGAAAAUUCACAAUCAGACAGAAACUGAGAAAUCCCCAACGGUAGGUCGGUAAAAAAUAAACAGAAGCAGAAUGAACUCAAUUGCAGACGAGUGAUAAACUAGAAAUCCGCAACUUCCAGUCACAGAAAACUAGUGUGCCCCUCGUUGACAAACCUUUGGCUGGCAACAUUUCAGAUACUAAAAAGAAUAUAAAACUGGUGAAAGCAACCAAGGUACCAACUCAAAUAGAGGUGAGUUACGAGAACGAUCUGCAUACUCAUUUUUGUUGCAGCAACAUUUGGCUACUCCUCUCCAUUCUGAAAAUCGCUGGAAAUACCCAAUUAAUGUGAAUGUCAGUCCAAUCGUUCACCUUCUCUUUUAGUCUGACAAUUUACAGCUUCUGGAUAAUUCUUCUGUAAACUGUGAAGAGAAAUCACAGGAGCCAGUUGUGUUGCUCAAAACUGUCCGUCGUGCACCUCCACAAGUUAUUGUCGAAACGAAAACUGUUAAAAUAUUAGUUCCUGCAACCGCAUCUGUAAGAAAUAACAAAUUUUCCACUAUAUAAGGCAAUUACAGGAAAACAUGUGUGCUGAAAAAUCUUCUGUUGUCCAGUCUUUCAACUUGUCACUGGAAGACAUUCUUAUUUCGAAAGUGCUUCCCCCAAUUAUCAAGACUGUGUAUAAACAAGAACCGAUUGAUGACCAUCAAAAAUUGGAGAGCACACCACUCGCUGCGCCGGUCAUACAGGUCAUGGAUGUACGCAAAGAAUCCGAAAAUCAUUCGCUGGUUGCGGAGAAGAACAGUAAAAUAGAGACUGUGAUUGAGAACCAGAAAAAACGGGCUGAAAAGUCACAGAAAACGACUGUGCCCCGCCCAGCAGUUCAAGAGGAUGUGAAAAAAUCGCAAGCAACCAAAGUACGGAACUUGCCUUCUCAAGAAACAGUGAGUUACGAGAUUGUUUUGCAUACUCAUUCAUCCCCGUACAGCAGAAUCCUUCCAACAUUUGCCCACCAGCUCCCAGCCCAGCACCUCCCGUUAAAAGAAAGCAGAAGGAAGCAAGUGUAGGACAAAACAAAACACAGAAAACGAAAUCAAAAGUGGCGGUGAGCUCAAAAACUAAGGUUGAAGUGUAUUAUGUUCUUCACAACUUUCUUGUCCCCAGAUUCCGCCUCCUACUCCGACAAACACCGUUGGAGCCGCUAAAAAAUCUGUAGAUUUGAGAAAACCGAGUGAUGGUAAUGUUAAAAAAUCUAGUAAAGCGGUGGAAAUAAAAAAAGAAGUGAGUUGGGAUUGAGAAUAGGAAUUGUGAAUGUAUUGCAAAUACUUUGUUGCAGAUUCCGGACGACGAUGCUGAAGUUCCGCAAAGAAAUAUGGAUAGUCACACCGCGAUCAAUCCUGCAGACGAUAGAGUUAUGAAGCCACUAGUAAUCAAUGUUGUUUUUAGUGCAUGAGAUUGUACAAUUCCAAUUAUUUGCAGGUCCAUUUGAUUGAGAACGAUCAGCUCGAUAACCAGUCCACCGAAGAAUCCGUUCGUUUAUCAAAUAUCCUCUUGCAUUCACUUGUUCUCAUUACAGGCACCGACUGAACCGCUCAGACCACGAGAGUAUAAUCCAAUUCCAGUUCUCAUUACCCCAAAUCGGCAGAACGUGAAAUACUUUGAUCAAAAUCAACGACCUCCAUCGGUAAGUUGAACUGCGGUGUACCCACCGAACAUUGACUUGAAACUGAAAACUUGAUUGUCGCAGAUUCUUGUUCCGAUUACAUUCCAAUUUUCACACGAGGAAACCGACAAAAAAUUGGUUGGUAAAAAACCUGUUCCUUUGAUGACUAAGGAAUACAUGAUUUGCAGAAAUCUGAUGGAAACAAUUCUAAAAAGAAUGCAGAUUUGACAAAACCAGUUGUAAGAUUUGUUGAAAGUUCAUCGGAUAUAAUUUGUUUUAGAGGAUUGGCGACAAGCGAUACAUUUGUCCGGUAAAUACGGUCGUUUUCGGAUCGAAAGACAAUCAGAUGUUCACGCCACUCAACCACGAUUGGGAUAUUAAACAAAGUGAUGAAGUGAGUCUCCUUAACAUUUUGACAAAUUGGCAAUCUAUGUGAUUACAGGUGGCAAACUAUGUACCGCCGCAAAGAAGUGCAGUGCCAUAUGAAUGGGAGGACCUUAAUAAGAACUGGGAAGCGGUAAGUGGAAUUUUGUCUCCAAGCUCGCUGAGCGAUUACGCAGUUAUACCAAUUAUGUAUAUGUUUUCAGAAACCAGAACGCCGCGAAUACAGGCAGUAUUCGAAUUUGAUCAAUCAUGCCGAGUUUUGA